UUGACUCGACAGUUUCUUCCUGAACUUUUGUAAGCUUUGACGACUUGUAUCGGACUUGCGAAUUAAAACACCAUGGGUGCUUGUUUGGCAGUGGGUUCCCUCGCCAGUUGUGCGUCCUGUUUGUGCGGCUCGGCCUCCUGCCUCCUGUCAUCAUGCUGCCCGUCAACGUACAACUCCACCGUGAGCCGGCUGGCCUUCUCCUUCCUCCUGCUGCUCGGGACUCUGGUGUCUGUCAUUAUGAUUCUCCCCGGCAUGGAGGAACAUCUUAAAAAGAUUCCAGGUUUCUGUCUUGGUGGUACAGCGAUACCUGGCAUCGAGAACAAGGUGAACUGUGACAUCAUCGUCGGCUACAAGUCAGUGUACCGCAUGUGCUUCGCCAUGGCCUGCUUCUUCUUCCUCUUCUCCAUCAUCAUGAUCCGCGUGCGCAGCAGCAAGGACCCCCGAGCCGCCAUCCAAAAUGGUUUCUGGUUCUUCAAGUUCCUGCUGCUGGUUGGCAUAACUGUGGGAGCUUUCUUCAUUCCAAAUGGCAUCUUUCAUACAGUGUGGUAUUACUUUGGCGCCGUGGGCUCUUUCAUCUUCAUCAUCAUCCAGCUCAUCCUGCUGGUGGACUUCGCCCAUUCCUGGAACCAGUCGUGGCUGGAGAAGGCAGAGAAUGGAAACACAAAGUGCUGGUUUGCAGCUCUGCUGUCCUUCACCAUCAUUCACUUCGCCUUGGCUUUCACUGCUGUCGUGCUUUUCUACAUCUUUUAUACCCAACCUGACGACUGCACCGAGCACAAAGUCUUCAUCAGCCUCAACUUCAUCUUCUGCAUCAUUGUGUCCAUCGUGGCUGUUCUGCCCAAAGUUCAGGAGGCUCAGCCCAGCUCCGGCCUGCUCCAGGCCUCCAUUAUCUCCCUCUACACCAUGUACGUCACCUGGUCAGCCAUGAGCAACAACCCCAACCGGAAGUGUAACCCCAGUCUGUUGAGUCUGGUCCAGCCCAGCAGUCCAACUCCUCCACCAGGACCUCUUCCUACCGCAGCCCCCGGAAACGUCCAGUGGUGGGAUGCACAGGGCAUCGUGGGACUGAUCAUUUUCUUGUUCUGCACUCUUUACGCCAGUAUCCGCUCCUCCAACAACACCCAGGUGAACAAGCUGAUGCAGACUGAGGAGGGCCAGGGUCUGACCGCCGACACGGUGUCAGAAGAGGACGGAGUCCGACGGGCCGUGGACAACGAGGAGGACGGAGUCACCUACAGCUACUCCUUCUUCCACUUCAGCCUCUUCCUGGCCUCCCUCUACAUCAUGAUGACCCUCACCAACUGGUACAAGCCCGACUCAAACUACCAGACCAUGCAGAGCGCCAUGCAGGCCGUGUGGGUGAAGAUCUGCUCCAGCUGGCUCGGCUUGGCGAUCUACCUCUGGACCCUGGUGGCCCCGCUGGUUCUCCCCGACAGAGACUUCAGCUAAAAUACGGUGAAGUCAGUCAACAUUCGGCCACCAGCCUCUUGCUAUUUGCACCUGAAAGAAAGAUAGCUUUAGCUUCAGAUUGGUUGUUUGACUUGCUUGCAACUCCACAUUUAAAAUUGGAGAAUGAAAAGGUCUUGUGUAUUGUUGAUUUUCAUCGUUCAAGUUGAAAAUUGCAGUUUUGCAGGAACAUAGGAUUGUUUGAGUUGAGCUUCAGUCACACAUUCCAGUUUUUCCAGCUCAGGUUGUUGUUUUAUAUUUUUUUCCUUUACUUUUACAGAUAUUCUAACUGAGAGCACUACAUGCCUUUAAUAGGACAAUACCAAAUGAACCUUUAAGGGAAUUGAUGUUUUGACUACAUUUAUGUUAGUUAUUUGUGCUAACUUUCAGUCUGAUUUUGUGGAAAAUUGUUACAAUUUUUCAGAUUAACUUUUUCUAGUUAAGCAUUUUUUAAGACACAGCUUUGUUCUGUCGCCUGAUUUUAUAACAAGAGUGCCUUACUAUGUUUUGCACACAAGCUAUUCAGGAGGGCCAUUUUUUGAUAUCUUUGAAUUUUAAGACAUUCAGUCUCUGGUGUGAAGUUGCUUCCUUGAUAUACUGAAUGUUCCCUUUUCAUUAUAAUCAAUAAAGUUGACACUUUCUCCCUUUUAA